AUGAAUGAUGCACAGUUCGAGAACAACAGCGCUGUGAAUGAAGGGGCAGCUGUGUUCAUGCAGGCGUCCACUGGUAGGCAUGCUUUGGCUAUCACCCAGGCAACAUUUUCUGAUAAUUCUGCCUUUCGCACUGGCGGUAUGGCUCUUCAUGGGCCUAUUUCUGCAAAUCUGUCAUUGGUGGGCUUCUUCAGAAAUUCAGCGGACGAAGGGGCUGGCGCUGUUCUCAUGACUUCUGGGCCAGGGGAGAACAGCACCCUCACAAUUGCAGAUGGGGAGUUUUCAUUCAAUAAGGGAAACUCGGGAGGUGCUGCGCUCGUAGAUGGCCCCAGCUUGGUUUUUGAGCUAACAAGAAAUGUGACGUUCAUCAGCAACAAUGCCACCACCGAUGGCGGUGCUGUCGCGAUUGAAGAGACACAAGUUGCCAGCAUCAGUGGAGCCAUGUUUGUGACCAAUGCAGCAUCUGGAAUGGGGGGAGCAGUGUCGGCUAAAGCAAGCGCAGCUGCGUCCAACCUGUCAAUCUCAAGAGCCAAGUUCAUUCGAAAUAAUGCGACCACAGGUGCAGGCAUUGGAGUGUCUGGCUCUAUGCAGCACUGCGCCUUUGGGUCUGACGUUGAGCUUGAAGAAAAUGUGGCAUCACAGAGGGGAGGAGGGCUGUUUGCGUCUGAUGCACAGUCCUUACAAGCCAGUGGAGCCGUGUUCACGAGAAACAGGGCUGCCAACAAUGGUGGUGCAGCUUUUUUGAAGGCUGUGGCAGGUAGCUUUGUUGCUGCCUUCUCCAACGUGAGUGUCCACAACAAUUUUGCUGGCAGAGGCGGCGGGUUGUUUGGUGAGGGCAAGGCAUUGAACUUGCUGCUCACGGGAGGCUGCAAUUUCACCAACAACACGGCUGAAAGUGGUGGGGGUGGUGCUGUAGGCAUGGUGGGCGGCGAAACGAUGCUUGUUGAAGAUGCAGAAUUCAGCUUGAAUGCUGCUAGGGAUUCUGCUGGGGGCGCCAUUCUUUUUGAGGCACGAGCAGAAUCAAGGACAUUUCAGGCCUCUGGAGUGAGUAUUAUGAACAACAUUGUAACGGGCGAUGAGGCUGAAGCACAUGGAGGCGGCCUCUCACUUACUGGGAGGGGGUUGGCUGCCACUCUUGAGGACUGCAUUCUUGAGGGAAACAGUGCUAGUGGUUUUGGGGGUGCGGUACACCUGGAUGGUAUUUCAGAUGUCACCAUUACCCGUUGUAUUUUCACAAACAACAAUGGCUCACGAGGCGGAGGUGCAUUAUUGUAUCAGGGCAGGGAAUCAAGCACACUGGAGCUUUCAAGUGUGGAGUUUUCUGGCAACUGGGCGGGCAGCCGGGCCCCUUUCGAAUCUGGGUUCAAAUCUGAUUUGCGAAAUGGCAGAGGAGGUGCAGUGAGUCUCCUUGGUCCGGGGCUGUCCUGUACGCUCAAUGGGACAUCAAGUUUUCAGGCCAACACUGCAUUGGAAGGUGGCGCAUUUGAUGCCAGAAGGCUGGAAAUGUUGGACAUUCAGUCGGUAACUUUCUCAGAGAAUCGUGCUGUGGAAGGAGGUGGCCUCAACUUGGUGAUGUCACAGGGAACCUUGGCUAUUAUCUCUGCCACGACAUUUGAACGCAAUCAGGCAUUGCAUGGUGCUGGUGGGUGCAUUCGGACAAAUGAAGCUGGUGGAUCGACGAGUGCUGUUGCAAACAUGACAGAUGUGAUGGUGAGGCAAAACACCGUGAAGAGAGGUGGCCAGGGUGGCGCAGGAAUGUGCAUUGUGGGCCAGGCAAGCAUAGUUUGUAGCAAUUGCAGUUUUGAAGAGAACUCGAUUGAAACUGAUGCGCAAGGCACAAGGAGGUUGCUGCAGACUGAAUGUCCAGAGGAAGCCCAACCUGAGAACAAUGGUGGAGGCCUGGCAUUGGCUGCAGGGGCAGUGUUCAGCUCAUCAAAUACAACAUUUCGUGCAAACACCGCAAACCAUGGCGGUGGUGUGUUUGUGUCGGACUCAGUAUUUGAGGCUACAUCAUGCAGUUUUGAAGAGAACAAAGCUCUCGGAAGGGGUGGCGGUGUAGAAAUUGCAGUGGCCACUCCGCCUGCUGACCUCUUGUUGCUCCUGCGGGAUUCUACAGUCAUUGAAAACCAGGCCAUGGCAGGAGGCGGAAUUGAUUUGAACUCCGCUUCUGUAUCUGGAGCAAGCCCGCCAGCCAUGUGUCCCACUCCUGAGGGAACUCAGGAAGAGCAAGCGGCGUUGGUUGGGCCUGAAGACUCCAGUUCAUUCACGAUCCUUAUAGAAAACACCAACUUGGAAGGCAACGAUGCACAGCAGGCAGGCGGUGCGAUAUUUUCAGACGUCCCAAAAUCUGUGCAGGUGUGCUGUGGGGCCUGCUUCCAGGAAAGCGAUGUCCAAACACUGAAUACCAGCUUUGAAUUCUGUGGCUGGGAGGGAAAUGGCGCCUCUGCUCAAGAUGGGCCCACAGCGGCCACAAUCGCCACCACAACGCUGGUGGAGCCGGUGGAGAUCUUGAAUCACACAAGCGGACAACCUUUGGAGGGCAUUGCUGUGUUCUUGGCAGAUGCGUUGGGCCAGAGGGUGACCACUGUUGUCGAGAGGAGUGUUGUCAGGGUAGCUUCAAGGAAUGAGUCAGCCACCAUUUUUGGACAGUUGGUCGCAGAAGCUCAGGUUGGCAGUGCUAACUUUACGAGCACAUUGUUCAGGGGGAAGCCUGGGACGUACAGCAUUGGUUUCGAGUUCUCAGAUGGCAAUGCCCUGGUCGGUGAAGUGAAGGUCAGCGUUCGUGACUGUGUUCUCGGGGAGCUGAAGAGUGAGGACGGUGAACUGUGCUCGCCUUGCCCACGUGACACGUAUAGCUUAGCACAAGGUGUUUGCGGCGAUUGCCCCAACUCUGACCAAGCUAACUGUGAGGGGCUGACCAUUACACCAAAGGACGGUUUCUGGCACUCCACCUCCAGGUCUGUUGAAAUGCAUGAGUGCUUACACCACGCAGCCUGCACCUAUGAGAACAGAUCAGCAGAGCUGCAGGCAAAUGCCAGGGCGGCGCACCAGUCUGGCUUGACACUUCCAACAAGCAAUGCCCAGUCCAAUGCCACAAGAAGCCAAGAGGAGUAUCCACAGUGUGCCAGAGGUUAUUUUGGCGUCUUGUGCGGGGCUUGCACUGAUGGCUACGGCAAAGUUGUGUCAGUGCAGUGCGAUGAGUGCUCAAGGAGCGAAGCAAUCAUAUUCAUUGCGAUAGCUGCCGCUGUGGGGGCUGCUUUUACUGCAAUCUUCAUGCACCGAAUCAUGGAGGAUUCCCACAGGCACAGAGUUCCAGUUGACACGGGCGUGGCCAUCAAUCUCCCUCAAGCCCCAGUUCUACUCAUCCUCAAAGGGGUCCUGCCCUUGCGUUUCCACAACAUAUUGUGUGCCACCGGAGAGCGGGAAUCUAGUGAGAACCUGCCCGAUUCCGAUGGAGCGCCAUUGCCUGGUGACUCCAUCGAGAUGUCGACUGGACUUGCAAAUGAAGCGAUGGCCAAACGUAUGGGGUCGUACACUGGUGGUGAAAAUGAGGGUGCUACGGACAGCACUCUGACGAUAGUGGUAGAUGGCGAGGCUGCAAGUGCAGGCGGGAAAGUGGAAAUUCAGCCUACAGAAGAUGGAGCGGCAGGCUCCUCAUCAAGCCCCAUGAAGGCCAAGGGACUGCAAGGGGCAUCCAAGGCAUCUGCGCUGCCCAAGGGAAAGCAGAAGGAUGCAGAUGCGGGUCUGAGUGGUGCGAAGGGGUAUGAGGGGCCAUUAGAAGUAGGUUCACCUAAGUCUCCUAAGAUGCGCAAAUCCUCAAAGGCUGAGGCUGAGGAGGUGGUACCAAGGUCCUUCGAUAGGUUGGGUGGAAGCGCGGAAGUGUUGAAGAUGCUUCUUAAUUUCUGCCAAGUCACAUGCAUAGCCAUAACCCUGCAAACCAAAUGGCCAGAUGCCAUGGAGGGUCUGCUGAAGACGGGAGAAUUCAUUCUGGGAUUCACAACCGGCAGCACAAGCUUCUCUUUGGAUUGUGCUCUGCCAGAUGACUCGUCAAGUCCCAGGUCCAUCGUUCGCAUCGCCAUUAUUCUCCUGUACCCGCUGAUGCUGUGCGCCGCUUUCGUUGCCUUCUUCGCCGUAUUUUUCUUCUGGAAAGGGUGGCGCUACGUGGGAAGGCUGUGCUUGCUGGCCACAGCGGCGGUCAUGUAUUUCGCCUACUUUCCCGUCGCCAAGCACGUGAUAUCGGUGUUGCAUUGCGUCGACGUCGACAGCAGCGACGAGACUGACGCCACAACCGCCCAUGACGAGUACUGGGCUGAAGACACGGGGCAGCUGUGUUACGAGGGAGGGCACAUGGCACUGACGGCGGCCCUGGCGGCGCCCCUCUUCGUGCUGGUGAUCGUGGGGUACCCAUUGAUGACAUUGAUGAUAUUGAGCGCGAACAAGGCCAGGUUUGCAGACCCCGGGUUCGCGUUGAUGUUCGGGUUCCUGUACGCUCCGUUCCGCGCCGGGGUGCGGGCCUUCUGGGAGAGCUCCAUAAUGGUCCGCAAGGCACUGAUGGCCGCGGUGAUCGUCUUCGGGGACGUCCUGGGUCCCAAUCUGCAGGCCACGAUCAUCAUCACAAUGUUGACGAUUGUGUCGCUCCUGCAUCAAGCGAGGGCCCCCUACGUGAGCCCCCGACUGAACUCAUUGCAAUCCUGCUCGUACGCCGUCUCGAUCCUGGUGUACUUGUCGGCGCUCUUUUUCAACGACCCCAACACAUCGGACCACGCGGCGGCGAUCAUCGCAGGGGUGGUCGUUGCGACGUGGCUUCUCUUCGUGGCGGUCGUGGUGCUUCAGUUUCUGCAGGAGGGCUACGAGCACUAUCUCGACUACAUGGAUUAUCUGGUUGCCAUCAAAGACCUCCAAAAAGGAGACCCCGCUGGAGGUCAGGCAGCGGCCCGGAAGUGA